AUGUACAAAAGUCUUGAUGAAUUUUCUACUAAAAAUAAUGAAAUGUUUUAUUCAUAUACAAAUACUAAUAAUAUUGUUCUAUCUCAAAAAGCAAGUCGAUUUUGGAUACCUUUCGAUAUAAAAUUUUUUGAAAUACUUACACCUAAAAAAUAUUUAGAAAAAUAUUGUCGAAUAAGUCCUCGUCGAUAUACACUUUAUAAACGUAUUUUUGAUAAAUAUAAAGAUAUUGAAGCAGAAUUAAACAUGGAAAUUCUUGUCGAUGCAUUAUCUGAUGUAUAUAUGGGUACUAUUGAUAAUCGAUUUAUAAGACAAGUGAUUUUUCUACUGGAUUUAUCAUCAAAUGAAAAACUAACAUUUACACAAUUUAGUGGUAUUGCAGCAUUUUCUGAAAGAUAUUUUUUUAAUAUUUUUAAACAAUCUGAUAAUAUAGAUCCACAAUUACAAAAAGAUAUUUUAGAAAUACUCGAUUUUUCUUCAUUAAAAUACAAAUUAUUUGGUGUUAAUAUUUCAUCAACACUUCAAGAAAUUCUUAGAUUGUUAUAA